CCUCCUCAGGUCCUGGCAGUCACCUAAAACUUUUUUUUCGUAUUUUAAGUUCACGACAUCCGUAUUUAGGCAAAUGAAUGUGAAUGUGUGUCGGAAGUGUGAGACAUCUGUAUAUAAAUGAACACUUCAGUUGCCUUCCGUUUGGAGGAUAUUCCUGUAGACUUUUUGUUUGUUGUGCACAAUUAUUUAAGGAUCUCGGGAUUGCCUGCCGAGUUUCGGGUUGCAGCGUUUGAGAUCACUAGAAGGCGGACGGAAACCUGCAAAUUACAGAAGUUAUUCACAAACCAGUGAAGUAGUGUUCGUGCUACCCGAGGUCUGAAGUUCAUUGGGAAGGAGAAAGGCCCGCCAUGAGGAGCCGGAGUAACUCCGGAGUCAAACUUGACAAUUAUGUUCGGAUUGUACAACAAACCAUCCUUCGCUACCAAGACCCAGUGACGGGGCUGCUGCCAGCCAGUACGGAGCAGCCGGAUGCCUGGGUGCGGGACAACGUGUACAGCAUCCUGGCGGUUUGGGCCCUGAGCCUGGCGUAUCGCAAGAACGCUGACCGCGAUGAGGACAAGGCUAAGGCCUAUGAACUGGAGCAGAGUGUUGUCAAGCUCAUGCGGGGAAUCCUCCAGUGCAUGUUGAGGCAGAUCGACAAAGUGGAGCGUUUCAAGUAUAGUAAGAGCACCAUUGACAGCCUCCAUGCCAAGUACAAUACACGAACCUGUGCCACAGUAGUAGGGGACCAAGAUUGGGGACACCUGCAGGUGGAUGCUACAUCCCUGUUCCUCCUUUACCUGGCACAGAUGACUGCCUCAGGCUUGCACAUUGUGUACACUCAGGAUGAAGUGGAUGUGGUGCAGAACCUGAUGUUCUACAUUGAGACCGCAUACAAAAUUGCCGAUUAUGGUAUGUGGGAACGAGGAGACAAGACUAAUCAGGGCAUCCCUGAGAUCAAUGCCAGCUCUAUCGGCAUGGCUAAGGCUGCGUUGGAAGCCUUGGAUGAACUGAACCUGUUUGGUGCCAAGGGAGGCCCCGGGUCUGUCGUCCAUGCUUUUGCAGAUGAUAUCCAACACUGUCAGUCCAUCUUGAACUCCAUGCUACCAAGAGCAUCUACCUCAAAGGAAGUGGAUGCUGGCCUCCUUUCCAUCAUUUCCUACCCAGCCUUUGCAGUGGAGGACAUCAACAUUGUGAACAUUACUAAAGAAGAGAUCAUCUCCAAGCUGCAGGGGCGCUAUGGAUGCUGCCGCUUUCUGAGAGAUGGUCACAGAACUCCUAAAGAGGACCCAAAUAGGCUCUAUUAUGAGUCAGCUGAGCUCAAGCUUUUUGAGAACAUUGAGUGCGAGUGGCCUCUCUUUUGGACCUAUCUCAUCCUUGAUGGGAUCUUCAUCAACAGUCCCGAGCAGGUUGAGGAAUACAGGGAGGCCCUUGAUGGGAUUCUGAUCAAGCAAAAGGACGGGAUCCGUCUGCUGCCGGAGCUCUACAGCGUGCCCCCAGACCGUGUAGAUGAGGAGUAUGUCAACCCGCACUCCGUGGAGAGGAUUCCUAUGGGGAAGUGUCCCCUGAAGUGGGGACAGUCCCUCUACGUCUUGGGUAACCUUCUGGCUGAGGGCUUCUUGGCUCCAGGGGAGAUAGACCCCCUCAACCGGCGUUUCUCCACUAUCCCCAAACCUGAUGUUGUGGUGCAGGUGUCAAUCUUGGCAGAGACUGAGGAGAUCAAGCAGCUGCUGAAGAAGCAUGGGUUUGAUGUUGAAAGUGUGGCAGACAUCCACCCAAUCCGAGUGCAGCCCUCAAGAGUUUUGAGUCACAUCUAUGCCCGACUAGGCCGUAACCCGAGACUAGGUCUAACAGGAAGACCAUACCGGCGUAUCGGUGUACUGGGUACCUCAAAAUUCUACUUGAUUCGCAACACGAUCUUCUCCUUCACUCCCCAGUUUAUCGAUCACCAUCAGUUUUACCUUGCGCUGGACAACCAUAUGAUUGUGGAGAUGCUGCGCACAGAAAUCUCCUACCUUUCUUCCCGCUGGAGAAUGACUGGUCGUCCCACGGUCACCGUUCCGAUCUCCCAGACCAUGCUGACGGAAGACCACUCAGACCUGGACCCUGCGGUUCUGGCCGCUCUGAAGAAGAUGCAGGAUGGCUACUAUGGAGGUGCCAGGAUCCAGACAGGGAAGCUGUCCGAGUUCCUGACCACUUCCUGCUGUGCUCACCUGAGCUUCAUGGACAGUGGUAAGAGGCAUGAGGGCUCCAGCAUUGAUGAAGAAGAUGACAUCUCCUACUUUGCUGGUGGAGCUGUGCAUGAGUUUCAGUUUGAUGAUGAGAAUGAUGACCUGGUGCAAUACUUGGAUCAACUGUUGGCAACCACUGCACCCAAGUCCAGCCUGAAGAGCAGCAAGGUCAAGGGGGGCCUGAGCAGAUUCCGUGUGGCUGCAACCAAGACCAGGGAGAUGGUAUCACUAGUGCAGAAGGCCAAGGAGCUGAACAUACAGAAUGUGCACAUGUAUCUCCCGACCAAGCUGUUCCGGUCUCGCCAACCCUCCCUGAACCUGACGCAUACCUCAGGACCUCAGGACACCGUGGAGACACAGACUGCUCAGCUCUCUGAAGGGAACCUGCCCAGGGAUGCAGCAGGGGACAUAGACUACCAGGCCUUGGUGCAGCUGCUGAAGGACACAGACAACCUGCAAGAUCAGGCUGACAUCCUCUACAUUCUCUAUAAAGACAAGGGCAUGGACUGGGACACUGGCCUACAUGACCAGGACCCCACGGUAAGGACCCUGCUGACUGACCUGUAUCAGCGGGCAGGGGACCUGCGGCAGUGGGGCCUGGUGCGGAUGAUCUGUGGGAUGCUGCGGAAGAAGGUAGAGGAGCUGGAUGAGGCCUGCUCAGACUUGCUGGCUCAUCAGAAGCACCUGACUGUGGGGCUCCCCCCCGAACCUCGGGAGAAGACCAUCUCCGCGCCCCUGCCGCCCGACCAGCUGGCCAAGCUGAUCGAAGAGGCCAGCGAGAACAACAUCACGGUGGCCGUCCUCACUCAGGAGAUCAUGGUCUUCCUGGCCAUGAACAUCCGCACGCAGCCCAGCCUCUUCAGCGAGAUGUUCCGCCUCCGCAUCGGCCUCAUCAUUCAGGUCAUGGCCACGGAGCUGGCCCAGUCACUCAGCUGCUCGGGGGAGGAGGCCACAGAAAGCCUGAUGAGUCUGAGCCCCUCUGACCUGAAGAACCUUCUCCACCACAUCCUCAGCGGGAAGGAGUUUGGGGUGCAGAAGAGCGUGCGCUCCGUGGAUUCUGGCGUCAGCCCGGCCAUCUCCAUCCAGGAAGUGGGUAACGUGGGGGCCACCAAAAGCGAGCGGGUGGGGAUCAGCAAGCUGAAGAGCGACAUAAAGUUGAUGGACGAACGCAGGGCGUCGCUGUCGGACCAGAAUGAGACCUUGACUCCACAUUCACUGGACGUUGAGCGCAUUGACUCUGGGAGGUACAAACUCCCGUCAGUGGAGUCAUUUGACACAUCCCCCAUAUCUACGAUGCCACGGGACAACCGGCAGGGUCAGUGGCUGCGUCGGAGACGUCUGGAUGGGGCACUUAACAGGGUGCCAAUCGGCUUCUACCAGAAGGUGUGGAAGAUCCUGCAGAAGUGCCAUGGCCUAUCCAUUGAGGGGUUUGUCUUGCCAUCAUCAACCACACGUGAGAUGACCCCUGGUGAGAUUAAGUUUGCAGUGCACGUGGAGACUGUGUUGAACCGCGUGCCACAACCUGAGUACCGACAGCUGCUGGUGGAGGCCAUCCUGGUGCUCACCAUGCUGGCAGAAAUUGACAUACCAAGUGUCGGCAGUAUCAUCCACGUGGAGAAGAUUGUACACAUUGCCAAUGACAUGUUUUAUAAAGAUCAGAAAGACCUUGGGGCUGAUGAAAGUCUUUUGGAGAAAGACCAGUCCAAUGGGAUCUGCAGGCUGCUAUACGACAGCGCACCCAGUGGUCGCUUCGGCACCAUGACGUAUCUUGUCAGAGCUGUGGCCACCUACGUACAGGACUUUCUGCCCAGUGGUUCCUGUGCAAUUCAGUGAAACGGGUUAACUAGUCAGGUCUCAGUCCUGAAAGAACUACUUUCAAGAUAGAGGUUUGGUCAAGGUCUAUGUGCCUCAUCCAGACAUUCUCUAUGGAAAUGGUGUUGUGGCUUGUUUUGUGUGCUGAGAAGCAAAUCUACCUGAUACAGAAUUAAGUUAAUUUUAAUUAUACAUUAUUUACUAUCCCUAAAACUGGUAAUAGAGAAUGUUUUAUAGUUCUGUUAAUACAGGAAGUAUGUCUUAAGCUGCAAAUGGUACAUGUUUUUAUCCUUGUUUUGCAGAGGAUUGUUUCAAGGAGUGAAUAGAGAUUUUAUGUAGUUGUUGUUCAAGGUGAUGUCACUAAUACUUUGUUGUUCAAAAGCGCCUUUCCCCCCAACAUAACAUUUUAAAAACUCUUCUUUCAUUGUGUAGACCUAUUAAUAAUAGGUUAAUGAUUUAGAAUUCAAAAGUGCAUUCUGUUCACUUCUAACCAGUGCAAUAAGGAUAAUUUAGAAAGAUGUUACAUAGGUGUAUGUUUUCAAAUGUAGUUAUACAAGUCAUUUGAAGUAAAGACCUAAUUUAACAUAUUACUGCAUUGUGAUGUAUGUGUUUGUUUUAAAUGGCCAUUGGAAGAUCAUGGUAGAUAAUGUAUUUUGAGUCGCUUCUUAAUUUUCAGAAAACAAGAAUGUAUCCUCUUGUGAGUAAAAAACAUUCUUACUAUUCUUUCCAACACCAUUGUCUAGUUGUAAGGUCAUUCAAGUUUCAAAUAACUAUGAGAACAGUCAUUUUAAUGUUCAUGUUUGAAAGAAACUUUCUGUAAUGCAAACAAAAUAAAAUCUGAUCUGCUUUGUUCAUUA